ACCUUUUUUUGGAAGCGAGGUUGUAAAUAAAUGCUAUUCACGCCGUAACAGGCGAUUGGGGGGCUAUACUGGGGGAAGCAGUUUGGGUUUUUUACUAUUUCCUAAGGUGCAACUGAAACACAAAGCGAGGGAUGAUAUGCCGAGCCACACCUCCUUUUACAGUCCCGGAGUAGAGGGAGAGAAGUAGGGUGAAUGAGAAAGGGAGGCCAGCCAGGGAGCGAAGUGCGGCGUUUCGGCGGACUUCCCAGCGGGCACCGACGGGGCUGAUCGCCGCUUCUUAAAACUAUUCAGACUCGUUUUUAUACAUUCAGAUCGGCCGUUUUCCUCUCCUACAUGCCGUUUUGACUUCUCUGCUCUCUGACUGCGGGUUUUCCAGCGAUUCGCCCUUUUUCUCUUUAAGUUGAUCCAGCGUGAAGCGCAGGUGAACAUGGCGAGAGGAGUUCCUCACGGCCCCUCCGCACUCGUCUUUCUCCUGUCGUCCAUCCUGUGCCCUUGGGGAUCGGCGCAGGAGCUGCCGGGCAGCGGCGUGAACGGCUUCAGCUUGCACCCCCCGUACUUCAACCUGGCCGAGGGGACGAAGAUCACGGCCACGGCGACCUGCGGGGAGGACGAGAGCAGGAGGUGGACGGAGGACCUGUACUGCAAGCUGGUCGGGGGGCCGGUGUCCGGAGACCCCAGCCAGACCAUCCAGGGUCAGUACUGCGACAUCUGCACGGCGGGCAACGUGGACAAGGCUCACCCCAUCACCAACGCCAUCGAUGGCACAGAGCGCUGGUGGCAAAGCCCCCCGCUGUCUCGCGGCUUGGAGUACAACGCCGUCAACGUCACGCUGGACCUCGGACAGCUAUUCCACGUCGCCUACGUUCUCGUGAAGUUUGCCAACUCCCCCCGGCCGGACCUCUGGGUGCUGGAGCGCUCCGUCGACUUCGGGGAGAAUUAUCAGCCUUGGCAGUACUUCGCCUCUUCCAAACGGGACUGCAUUGAGCGCUUCGGUCAGAGAACAAUCCAGCGUAUCAACAAGGACAACGAUGUCAUCUGCACGACUGAAUACUCGCGCAUCGUCCCUCUGGAAAAUGGGGAGAUCGUUGUCUCCCUGGUGAACGGGCGUCCGGGGGCUAUGAACUUCUCUUACUCACCCGUGCUGAGGGACUUCACCAAGGCCACCAACAUCCGCCUGCGCUUCCUACGCACCAACACCCUGCUGGGACACCUCAUGGGCAAGGCGCUGCGCGACCCGACCGUCACACGCAGGUAUUACUACAGCAUCAAGGACAUCAGCAUUGGUGGCCGGUGCGUGUGCAACGGGCACGCAGAUGCCUGCAACGCCAAGGACCCCAACAACCCCUACAGGCUGCAGUGUGACUGCCAACACAACACGUGUGGCCCAUCAUGUGACCAGUGUUGCCCCGGAUUCAACCAGAUGCCAUGGCGACCGGCAACCACCGACAGCGCCAAUGAAUGCGAACCUUGUAACUGUAACGGGCAUGCAUAUGACUGUCACUUCGACGCGGAGGUGGACCGGCAGCGAGCCAGCAUCAACCUGCAGGGGGAGCCGCGGGGGGGCGGAGUCUGCCGGGACUGUCAGCACCAUACUAUGGGGAUCAACUGCGACCGCUGCGUUUCCGGAUACUAUCGGUCCCCUGAGCACCCGUUGGACUCACCGUGGGCCUGCGCGCCUUGUGACUGCCAAUCGGACUUCACGGACGGCACCUGUGAAGAUCUGACUGGCCGCUGCUACUGUAAGCCCAACUACACGGGCGAAAACUGUGAUUCCUGUGCCGAGGGCUACCUCGAUUUCCCCCAGUGUCUCCCCGCCCCUCCUUAUCCCAACAAUGGGAAAGACGAGGUCCUCCCCGCGAGUCACAUCAUACAUUGCGACUGCAACCCCGCCGGCACCGAGGACCACACGUGCCGGGCGGACCCCCACACAGGCGCCUGCGUCUGUAAGGAGGGCUUUGCGAGCCCCCGGUGCGACCAUUGCGCCCCCGGAUUCCACGGCCCCAGCUGCCAGAUCUGUCAGUGCCAGGGGCCUGGCUGCCUGGAUGGCGCGUGUGACCCAGUGACGGGACAGGCCGUUUGCCACCCUGGGUACCAGGGCUUCGCCUGUGAUCAGUGUGCCCCUGAUUACUUCAGCUACCCCCUGUGCCAGCUGUGCAGCUGCAGUGCUGUGGGCUCCCUUUCCGGGGGAUGUGACCAGUUUGGUCGCUGCCGGUGCCGUCCCGGGUUCCAGGGCCCACGCUGUGACGAGUGUCUGUCGGCCUUUCUCUCGUACCCGUACUGUCAAGUGUGCUCAUGCGAUCCCAGGACCUCCCUGGACUCCGACUGCGGUCCGUCCGGACACUGCCGCUGCCGGCCCAAUUUUGCCGGCCCGUCAUGUGACCAGUGUGCGCCCGGUUACUACGGUUACCCCAGCUGCAUCCCCUGCCAGUGCUCCCACGAGGGGUCACGCUUCAGCUCCUGCGACCAGCUGACAGGACAGUGCAGCUGCCUGUCCAGUGUCGUAGGUCAGCGCUGUGACUCCUGCAGCCCCGGAUCCUAUGGCUUUCCGCUGUGCCAAGAGGCCACUUGCAACCCGGCGGGUUCGCUGCAGAUUGAGGCCUCCCCUGCCGGCUCGUGCGAGUGCCGCGUGUAUGUGGAGGGACCAGCAUGUGACCAGUGUAAACCCCUGUACUGGAAACUCUCCCCCGACACCCCGUAUGGAUGCUCCAGCUGCGAAUGUAACAUAGACGGCACCAUCAGCUCAGUGGCGGAGUGCGUUCAGAGCACGGGGCAGUGUUACUGCAAGCCCGGUGUCUGUGGGGGGACCUGUGCCGUGUGCAAAGACGGCUACUUUAACCUGCGCAGUGACAGCUUCUUUGGCUGUCAGGGCUGUCAGUGUGACAUUGGUGGGUCUGCUGGACUGUCAUGCGGAGAGAGGAAUGGCCGCUGUCGAUGCCGUCCCAAUGUGGAGGGACCGAAAUGCAACCAGCCCCGUCCGGAUCAUUACUUCCCGGACCUGCACCACCUGAAGUUCGAACUGGAAGACGGGAGCAUGCUGGACGGACGGCCGGUGCGCUUCGGCUACGACCCGCUGGAGUUCCCUGGCUUCAGCUGGAGGGGAUACGCCCAGAUGUCGCCCAUCCAGUCCAAGGUGAUGGUCAACGUGCUCGUUGUGUCCCCGGACCUCUUCCACGUGGUGCUGCGCUACGUCAAUCAUGGCGUCAGCGGAGUGUGGGGAACCGUGUCUGUGCUCGAGGACAGGAGGAACUUUGUUUGUGGCAACUCACGAAACAAAGUCAAAAUCUUGGUGCACGUGAUGGAAGCCAACUUCUAUCUUACCCGCGUCAUCCUGAGAUAUGUAAAUAGAGGAGAUGCCGUCUCCUAUGGUAAAAUAACAGCCUAUCAGUCCAGUAAGAGAGGCUCAGCGCAGUCCAAACAGAUCCUGUUCUCCCCGAGCACGGAGCCCACCUUCAUCAACGUGCCACAGAACAGCUUUGUGGAGCCGUUUGUGCUGAACCCCGGCAUGUGGACGGUGGUCAUCGAGGUCGAGGGCAUCCUCCUGGACUUCCUGGUGCUGCUGCCCAGCGCGUAUUACGAGGCUCCCAUCCUGCAGGUCACAGUCACCGAGCCGUGUACCUACGCCCCCCUGGCGGAUGCCAGCCAGAACUGCCUGCUCUAUACCUACCUCUCCCUGGACGGCUUCCCUCACGUCUCCGGCGCAGAGCUCAGCUGCCGGUCCGGGAACCACCUGCCCCGGCUCUGCCACACAGAGAGGAUCACAGCACAGCACCCCCCCAUGGCCGUGUGCAGGGGCAGCGACGUGACGGUGCAGCUGCGCACGCCGGUCCCCCAGCCCGGGGACUAUGCCAUAGUGGUGGAGUAUGCCAGCGAGGGGGAGGCCCCCCAGGGCCUGACGGUGUCGGUCACCGUAGUGGGAGGGGGCACACAGCUGGAGUACCUCACUCUGCUGCACUGCAACUACAGCCUGUCUGCCUCUGCUGAGGUCCAGCUUCUCGCCAGCAGAGCCACUUUCUUUCUGCACAAGGUCCACCUGAUCCCCCGUGAGAGCUUCACCAUGGAGUUCCUGGAGCCCUCAGUGUUCUGCAUCAGUUCCCACGGCUCCUUCUCCCCCGGCAGAGAGGCCUGCGUCCCGUCCCGCUUCCAGACCCCCUCCCGCUCCCUGGUGCUCAAGGAGGGCCAGCCGUCGUCAGUCCCAGAGCAGGUCCUGGCACAGCCACCCGAGGCCCUGCCCCCUGCAGCAGACUCCGCCCACUUUGUGUCAAGUGAAGGCCCACCCACUGCAGCGGACGAAACGGAGCAUGUUCGGCUGGACUCCUCCCAGAAUGCAGUGACCUACUCCACUCGAGUGCUGACCCUGGGCCGCUACGUCGUCAUCCUGCACCACCACCAGCCCCUGUAUGCCACCUUCACGCUCCAGGUCUUCCUCAACGGCGGCCGCGUCUGGCAAGGGCACGCCAACGCCACGUUCUGCCCCCACGCCUAUGGCUGCCGCAGCAUCAUGGUCGCCGAGAACCAGAUCAUCCUAGACGUGACCGACAACGACGUCUUCCUCACCGUGCAAGUGCCCAUCGGCAAGACGCUGUGGCUGGAUUACGUUCUGCUGGUCCCAGAAGAGAGUUACAGCUCUAAUUAUCUUGACGAAGAGCCCCUUGACAAAUCCUACGACUUCAUCAGUAGCUGUGGCCAAAACAGCUUUUACAUAAACCCCACCACGUCCUCGCGCUUCUGCCGCACGUCGGCAGCGUCGCUCUCCGCCUUCUUCAACAACGGCGCGGUGCCAUGCUCCUGCCACGAAGCUGGGGCCUCGUCAGACACCUGCCAGCCCUUCGGCGGCCAGUGCCGCUGCCGGCCACACGUGAUUGGCCGGGACUGCUCGCAGUGUGCCACGGGUUACUGGGGCUUCCCCAACUGCAGACGUAGGUGUCAGCCACCCCCUUGGAGGGUGGGGACCUUUUGGGGGAAUCAGAUUUUCCAGCCUGCUGGCCAAGUCCCCGAGUGUGAGAAUGAACCGUUCCGGAUCCCGAGGGACGUGUCCCUGUGCUGGUCAUCCGUGAUGCUGCAGGACUUCGUCAGGGAGGGACCCCACGGGUGCAAGAACCACAUCGUGGGUCGUCAGUGUGAUCGAUGCGUGCCCGGGUUCUAUGGAUUCCCACACUGCCGCCGGUGCGACUGUCACGAGGAGGGCACGGAGCACGACGUGUGUGACCCGCACACGGGCAGGUGCCUCUGCAAGGAGAACGUGGAGGGCCCCCGAUGUGCCCAGUGCCGCGUUGGGACCUUCCUCCUGAACCCUGCUAACCCCAGAGGCUGCACCAGCUGCUUCUGCUUCGGUGCGACAGAUCGCUGCCGCAGCUCCGACAAACGUCGGGCCGAGCUGAAGGACAUGAGUGGGUGGAGCCUGCAUUCUGGAGACCGACAGGAAGUGCCCGUCUACACCGACCUGAAGCAGGACCUGGUGGAGGCCGACCUGAGGGACGUGCCCGAUGUUUAUCAAGACCUGCACUGGCAGGGCCCCCGCAGCUACCUGGGCGACAAGGUGUCGUCCUACGGGGGGCACCUACGCUACCAGCUGGACUCCCAGACCCAGCAUGUAAGGGGCGACGGUCUGGAUUUGCCAGCAGAGACCUUCAGGCCUGACGUCAUACUCAAGGGGAGCCAGAUGACCGUGGUGUACAUGGAAAAGGAGUACCCAGAUCCCGGCAGUCCCCACAAGGGGGCCGUGCACCUCGUGGAGGGAAGUUUCAGGCAUGCUCAGACGGGCAACGCAGUAUCUCGGGAGGAGCUGAUGAUGGUGCUGAGCGGCCUGGAGGCCCUGCAUAUCCGCGCUCUGCACGCUCAGUCGUCACUGGCCGUGUCCCUGCGCCAUGCGGUCCUGGAGGGUGCAAACCACUCCUCCAGCGGGGAGCCGGCCAGCAGCGUGGAGAUGUGCCUCUGCCCUGCCAGCUACCAGGGCGACUCCUGCCAGCGCUGUGCUCCUGGGUACUACAGGGAUGGCAAGGGCUUGUUCCUCGGGAAAUGUGUCCCCUGUAACUGUAACGGACACUCUGACCACUGCCUGGAUGGAUCAGGGAUAUGCACCGACUGCCAGCACAGCACCGCGGGGGACCACUGCGAGAAGUGCCGCGCUGGUUUCCUCGGCAACUCCACGCUCGACGGCCACGCCCACUCCUGCACCAGCUGUCCCUGCCCCCUGCAGGUCACCUCGAACAAUUUUGCAGAGGGCUGUGUGAAUCGCCUGGGCCACAUGCAGUGUCUGUGCAUGCGAGGCUACAGCGGCCCCAACUGUGAGAGGUGUGCUCCAGGUUUCUAUGGCAACCCCAUGGUGAUCGGCAGCACAUGCCAGCCAUGCCAGUGCCACGGCAACACCGAUCCCAAUAUGCUGUUCAGCGACUGCGACCCGCUGGCAGGCGUGUGCCGGGGCUGCAUGCACAGCACCGCUGGGGCACACUGCGAAACCUGCGCGCCAGGUUUCCAUGGUGACGCCAUCGACUCCAAGAACUGCACCAGAUGCAGCUGCUCUCCGUGUGGCACUGCAUCAUGUGACCCCCACACAGGGCAGUGCCACUGUAAACCCGGUGUGACUGGGGCCCAGUGCGAUCGCUGCGAGGCCGGCUCGUUCGGGUUCGACUCCUGCAAUGGCUGCAGGCGCUGCGACUGCGAUGCGGCCGCCGCCCUCUCACUGCCAUGUGACCAGAGCAGCGGGGCGUGUGCGUGCCAGCCUGGCGUCAACGGGCCCCAGUGCCAACAGUGUGCCCCGGGAUACUGGGCAUACGGGCCUGACGGCUGCAGGGAGUGUAAAUGCCGGACAGGGCUUUGUGACCCCCGGACGGGGGAGUGCCACUGCAGCCCGGGCCUGAUGGGGAGGCAGUGUGACCUCUGCGUGGAGCACAACAGCGUCCCUGUGCUGACCGCCGCGAACUCAUUGCACUGCCAGAGAUGUGACAGCUGUGUCAUCACCUUGCUGCAUGACCUGGAGCGCCUGAACGACCUCUUCCAGUUGGGCGACCUGAACGUUAGCUCCACUGCCUGGAAGCAGCUGCACAACCUCAACAUCUCCAUUGCUGCUGUGGCUGAAGACCUGGAGAAGUUUAACCAGACUUUGGAUGACAAUAGGAACAGGAUGGACUUGCUGGAGGCCGAAGCCCGGGUUAUCGUGUCGGACACGGACGACCUGGAGAAGAAGGCGAAUUUGACGAGGAAGAAGGCGACCGACCUGAAACACAAUGUGAACGAGACCCACCAGCGUGCCGAGGACCUGCUAAGGCACAUCCAGAGCAUUGUGAAAGAAAUCAAAGACUUAAUAGCCCAAGCUAACAGCACAUCCAUGAACAAGACUGUAGAAUCAGUGGAGGACCUGUCAGAGAAGCUGACCCAGGUGCAGGACAUGCUGCGGGAGAUGAGCCUCAAGGACUUCCAGCACCAGAAGUUCCUGGCAGACACGGAGCUGGCAGAGGCCAAGAAAUUAAUUGACCGAGUGAAGAAGGAGAUUGUGAACCUGUUUUCCCGCAACGAAGAUCUGGUAAAGAGCAUCAGAAACAAGCUCGCUAAGUUCCACAACGAGCUCAAGGACCUGAGGAAUGCCCUCAAUGAAGCAGAGAACAACACAGCCCAUGCAACGGAGAUAAACAACAUCAAUGAGAAGAGGCUGGAGGACAUCCUGCAAAGAGUUCGGGAUCUGCAGAGCCAGAAGAAGAUGGUGGAUGACCUGUUACAAAUGGCAGAGGAUGCUGUGACCCAGGUCAACGACCUUCUGUCCAUGCUACAGGAGUCCAAGGAGGAUUACGAGCGCCUGGCUGCCAAGUUAGAUGGAGCUCGGAAGCCUUUAGCGGAGAAGGUGCAAAAGUUUGCCCCCGCAGCAGCCAAGAUCCCAUUGGUGGAAGAUGCAGAACAACAUGCCAAGCUACUGGACGAGCUAGCCAAUAACCUCACCAGCAUCACCGCGGCCACAAACCGGGACGCUUUCAUCCAGCGCUUGGUGAAUGCGUCACGCGCCUACACCAACAUCGUCAGCGCCAUCCUGGAGGCCGAAGCUGCCGCCAACGCCGCCUUGUUGGCCAGCAAAGAGGCCCUGGAGACUGUGCAAGGUGAAGACCUUGCUAUGCUGGCCAGCGCACUGAAGAACCAGAGCAACCGUCUUGUGGAGGAGGCCAAGAAGCUACAGGACAGGCUGAAUAAAGAUUUGAAGCCGCAAUUGCAAACCGCAAACUCCCAGCUGCGAGACAUGAUACGUAAAAAAGACUCACUUUCCAAGGAUCUCGAGAUGGUCAGGAAAAAUCUCAAUUUCAGCAGAGAGGACACCUCGAGAGACAUCGCCGACGCCAAGCAGGCGGCGGAGAAGGCGAACGCCACUGCGAACCGGGUGAAAGACGAGUUACAUCCCAUCCAACAGCAGCUUGACGAGUGGAAGACGCAGUACGGCGACACUAACAUGACGAACAAGGACCUAGACGCCGCCUUCCAGGAAGCCAAUAAGUCAGUGGGGAUGCUGGCUGAUACCAUCCCACUACUGCUGAAGAAGCUGGACGGGCUGCAGAACCAUUCGACCCAGGCGCCCAACAUCUCGGAGAACAUCAUGAGGAUCCGAGAGCUAAUCGAGCAGGCCCGGCGGGCGGCCAGCAGGGUGAACGUAGCCGUGAAAUUUAACGGCACCUCGGCCGUCCAGGUCCGGAACCCGGAAAAUCUGGCGGACCUGGCCGCCUUCACCUCCCUCAAGUUUUACAUCACACUGCCGGAGGCAAAACGGAGGAGGAGGCAGACUGAGGUCAAGAAGCAGUUCGUGCUCUACCUCGGUGGCAACAGUUCCAGUACGGACUUCCUGGCCGUGGUUCUCGAGGGGACGAAGCUGCGGUGGAUGUACAGGCUGGGUGGACAAACUGCUGAUGAUCUAGUGCAGGAGGACAUUAAAUCGGAUGGUAGCUUUAACACCGUCGUCCUGCAGAGGACGUUGCAGUACGGACAGAUCGCUAUCGGCUUGGGGGAGCCCGAUCAGGAUCAAGUGAAGAAGACCACUAUGGGGAAACUGGAGGUCAAAGGUGACCACGGCCUUCUGAACCUGCCCCCAGAGGACACCGUCUUCUACGUGGGGGGGUUCCCUGACACGUUUAAGCCUCCCCCCGAGCUCCCGAAAGCAGGCUUUGAGGGCUGCAUCGAGCUGGAGACCCUGAAUGAACAAAUAGUGAGCCUCUACAACUUUAAGCAGACCUUCCAGCUGGACACCACCGCUGUCAGGCCUUGCGGAAGGGUCAAGCCAGUCUUGAACGAGCCUUGGGUCAAUGACGGCGCAUACUUCGACGGCACUGGGUAUGCAGAGAUCCCCCUGCCAUCGUCAGAGACCAACCAGAAGCGGUUCGAGCAGGAGGUCCGUGUGCUGUCCCACAGUGGCAUCUUGCUGCUGCUUCAAGACCAGACGAAAUUCCUGUGUCUGGCCAUCAUCCAGAGAAGGCUGAAGCUCUUCUAUGACUUAGGUGCUGGGAUGGAGGAAGAGACUCCUAUGGCAAAUCGGUUACCAGAGGACUUUGUGAUCAGUGACGGGAAGAACUAUGUGGUGGAGAUCAUCCUGCUCGGCAAUGCAGACUCCCGAGCAAGACUGCUCUUACGCAAAAACAGGACGCCCUUGUUCCAAAACAACAACCUCAAUGGCUCCAUUCCCAACUUCAGUGGGGUUUACUACAUGGGAGGAGUUCCUGCUGAUAAGCUUCCUCAAAGCCUGAAGAGUCUUUACCCUGAUAAGACGUCUAUCCGGGCUUGCUUCAGGAACAUCAAAGCCAUCAGUGCUCACAUCGACCUGAAGAGGGUCAACACCUCUGGGGUCAGCUACGGUUGUCCUAAUGACCUCCUGAUCGCCAGACAGGCCUAUUUCUCGGGUGUGGGUUACCUGGAGCUGCAGCCGCAGGAAGUGUCCCCCCUUCAGGAUGGCUACUACGCCGGAUUUGGCUUCCGCACCGACCAGACACAUGGACUGAUGUUCUACCACCAAGCCAAUAACAACACCUGCCAGGUCUACCUCGAUAAUGGCCAUGUGGUGGUGGAGUCGGGCAACAGUGCGGCGAGGACUCUGAAGACCUACAAUGAUGAAAGCAAUCACUACAUAGCCUUCUACAGCAGCAGUCAGGGGCUGCGCGUGUUAAUGGACGACGUCUUGGAGAAAACGGUGGACUUUUCCGCGGCUGGGGCCGGCAGCAUGGAGACAAGGGAGGACGGCUUAUAUUUGGGGGGGGCACCACAGAUGUCCAACAUCACGGGCUGCAUCAGCAACUUGUUCAUCAAACGCAUGUCGGAGUUCCAGAUGGUCGUGGACCUGGUGACAGCGAAAAGAAACGUGGAUAUCCUGUUUACCUGCCCUGCUGCCAAAAGACCAUGGAAGAUCAUGGCCCCCACUCGCAGUAUGAAGGUGAAGGGCAAGAAAGCACACGGAAGGUCCAGGAGCCGUAGCACACGGGAGUCCUGUCAGGCAGAAUUAGCCUCCCACCAGGAGGGGGCGCUGCAGUUCAGCAGCUCCUCACAGAGCUACCAGCGCUUCGACACACUCCCUGACAGCUUCAGGAAGAUGCCCCAUUUCUCCCUGGGGGUGCGUGCGAACUCCUCAGAGGGCCUGAUCCUGCAUGCUGCUGGGGAGGGGGGCAGAGCCGGGAUGGCGCUGUCACUGUCCAGUGGGCACUUCGUCUUGCUCGUCAAUGGCGGCCGCAGGAAAGCUAGUGUACGCAGCCGCAGGAAGUACGACGACGGGCAGUGGCACACGGUCUUCGUCAGGAGGGAUGGCGAGAUGGUCAGCUUGGUCGUUGAUGGAAUCAACUCUCAGACUCGAAGGGUGUCUUUUGGGGGGAAAAGCCGUCUGGUGCCCCCCCUCUACAUCGGCGGUCUCCCUGUCGGACCCCCAAGUUCGGCACAAGCGGCACCUGGGUUUGCCGGCUGCGUCCGAGACGUGAAGUUGAAGGAGGAGCCUCUGGGGGCGCCCUCUCGCUCCGUGGGGGUGGUGCCCUGCUUCCAGGGUGCCCAGCAGCCAGGGCUCUACAUCUCCAGCCAGGGUGGACACGUCUCAGUCGAUAACACCCUGCUGGUGGGAGGAGACCUGGAGAUCCAGCUGGAGAUGCGUGUGGUUGGUGACACCGGCGUGGUGCUGCACGCUGGGGGAGGAGGAGACCGUCAGCUGACACUCUACCUGAACCGGGGGGAGGUCACAGUGACGGUGAAUAACGGAAAUGGCUCGUUCUCCGCCUCCCUGUCACCCGCGCAGUCGCUGUGCGAUGGCCAGUGGCACAGCAUGGCAGUCGUUAAGAAGGGCAGUUGGGUCCAGCUCGAUGUGGACACAAGCAGUCGGCGCACCGCUGGGCCCGCACAGGGCGUCCGCGUUAGAGGAGAAUCGAUGCUCUACCUCGGGGGCGUGCCGGAUGGUGUUGAAGUCCCCGGCCUGCCGUCCCCUCUCCCCUCACUCCAUGGUUGCUUCCAGGGGCUAAUACUUAACCGGCAGCGUGUGAACCUGGCCAAACCACUCUCAGUCCACGGGGGGGUCGGAACCCAGGGCUGCCCCGUUGUGUAACAGCGACUCUUCUCUCACAAGACCUUCUACAUGCUUGUAAUCUUCGGUGGUGGGGCUAAACUUUUAACUUUUAUUUAAACAUAUUUAUGAUUUUAAAAUUGUUUAUAAAAUUUAAGGGAAAAAAAAAAAAAUCAGCACUGGGUACCUUUAGUAAGUUGGUCAGUCUGGGCAGCAGUGUUCCAUCACCUGCUGGACUGUGGAUUUCAAUCCUGAUGCCCCCCGACCCCCGAGUGUGUGUGGAGUUUGCACGUUCUCCUAGUGCCGUGCAGGAUUCCUCUGGGUACUCCAGUGUCCUCAGUCCAAAAACAUGCAAUUACGCUAAUUAAUAUGGGGAACCCACAGUACGUGUGCAUGCGUGUGUUCUGUGAUGGCCCCUGUACCCCAGGCCUGUGAUAGGCUCCAGGCCUCCUGCCGUAUGAAAGUGGUCGAUGAAUGGAUGGAUGGAUGGUUCCCUCCCUUAUGUGACCAAAAAUACACUUUUCAAAACACUGGGCUGGACAAUGAGUUUGCCCAUAACUUUAACCUGUUUGUCUCAAGUGCAUUUGUUGUAGAAAUAUCUGUACCAGACUUUCCAGAAACAAUUGCAGAACAAUGGACCCCUUUGUACCUCAUGAAUUUUAUUUUAUUUUUCAUUAGGUACUAAGUCAGACCAGCAGGGAACCUGUGAAGGCUCAUAAUGUCUAAUCUGUAAAAGCUAAACAGAGACUAAACAUUUUGAGUGCUGAUACCCUUCGUUGUGUAUUUUAUAUUUGGGAUAUUAAUGCCAAUCACAUAUUUCUGGAUGCAGUAUUUUAAAAAUUUUAAAUGUUAUUUUUUAAAAGAAUAAAUAUUUGAAAUAUUUUGUAGAUAUUUUGUGGGACCAGAGAAUAUAGCAGGUGUUCAUUUUAUACAAACAUUUCGUUUAAUUAUACUACAAUGUUGAGAACCGCACCGCUUCUGAAACGCACACCAUCUGGUUCUCAAUCCGUCUCCAAAUUUCCACCUUGUUCCGCCCUCAGCCUUGCAGAGAAAUUUCACAGGGACCUUAAAAACAUUUCUCCUUGCCCUCAUGCUUAAAUUUGUUUCCCGGAGUCAAAUAAAGCUGUUGACUUUUCAGUGAAUAAAGUUCUUUUUGAAACAA